AUGGGAGAUGAGAAGCUUUCACGCCACACAUCUUUGAAGAGGGCGAGAUCUCUCUCCGAAUCCAUUAAAGGUCUAUUUAAACCAUCAGGAAUCUCAGGUAGUAAUGGUGCUGCGGCACCUUCUCCUCGUCCUGGUCAGGACCAAGCACAUUCUCACCAACCAGCCAGGAUCACUACCAGUAACGUAUCUUCCCCAUCUAUAUCUCCUGUACAUAGUCCUGUUCUUCAAGCGGCUCCCAAGCAUCAUAAGUUGGGCGUUCCAAAUAUUGCUAAGCUUUCACUGUCACCUAGCAGGGAGCCAUCCUUGAAUUCAGAAAAUGAAAUGUUCUCUCAGGAAUCCUUUAUAAGUGAAAAGGAUGAAGAUGAAGCCAAUCUAUUGGAGAGAGAAGAGCUUCAAAACAAAAAGGACGAACAAGCUCGUAUGAAACACGGGCGUUCCAAGGACGUUCAUGCACCUCAUCAUCGUUAUACAGUUGGUAGCGAUGAGGCUGAAAGGCGACCAAAAGAAAGGCUGAAAAACUUUCCGCAAAACACAGGUCCGCCGAAUCCUGCAAACGGUACUGCUAACCAUGUCUUAGAUCAGGAGAAUAACUUUUCUAUUGAUGCUAUGCUUGAUUAUGACGAAGAAUCCAAAAUUAAAAGGAGAAACAGUUUAGGCGUACGUAAUAACGGUAGUCGUACAAGAAGUAGAAAAAAUAGUUUGUCUACACCAAGAUCACCACCUAUGAAGAAUGGAAAUGACGGGGCAAGUACUAAUUCUGCCACUAAUGCUAAUAAUACAGGUAACAGGAUAUACGUGAGAGGAAGAAACCACUCAGAUUCUAUCAGUGCAUCCAGUUUACCAAAAUUCCAAGAAAUUGAAUGCAAGUGUAUUUUAGAUUUAGACCAUUUCAAAGUCUUUGAAAAUGGAUAUCAUGAACAUACUCUGAGGGUGUUGCCAAUUAUUGCAAACAAUAAAAACGUGGAUAGUGGCGACGAAAAGGAUAGUGACGCUUCUUUGAACAAUGGCGAGGAUGGCGACAAUGAUAUUGAGACAAAUAUGCAUAAACAAAAAUCCGUGUUUUCAUUGAGUGGAUUAUUCAAAUCUCAUAAAGAUGUGAGUCAAAUGCAACAGCAACAUGAAGAAAGUACAGAACAGAUCAAUCUGGAGAAAGCUUUUUCCAUUAUUCCAUCUCAAAAAUUCAUUAAAUCCCAAUCAUUAAAAAAAUCAAGAACGGAUAACCUCAAAAAUGGUAACAAUGACGAAUUGAUGAAAAAUGAUGGGAAAAAUAUUCCACAAAUUGUGAAUCCUAACGCUGCCGUCGGCGCCGAAGAGUUGAAGCUAAUCAAUGCAUUAUCCGAGAAGAUACGAAAGGGUCUUAAAAGUGAAAACGCUAAGAGUAGAAAUAGUGAAGGCAGGAGUAAUAGCAACAAGCAGGAAGAUUCUGAUGACGCAGAGAACAAGACCCGAACAGCAAAUGACGACAUGUCUCACAAGCCUUGCUCCCAGAAAUACGGGAAAUCUAUUGGGGUCGUUGGUGCAGGCGCAUACGGGGUGGUUAAAAUAUGUGCAAGGUGUAAGACUGCCAGAGAUGUAUUACCAUACAGUACCUAUUCCAAUGGUAAGAAGUUGUUUUUUGCCGUCAAAGAGUUGAAGCCCAAACCAGGUGAUCAGAUUGAUAAGUUUUGUACGAGGCUGACUUCUGAGUUCAUCAUUGGACACUCAUUAAGUCAUCCGCACUUUGAGGUAAAUGCGAUAGUUCCAGGCACUGUUCCAAGAACCACACCACCAAAACAUGUCUUUAAUGCACCAAACAUUUUGAAAAUUUUAGAUCUAAUGGAAUAUAACAACUCCUUUGCAGAAGUCAUGGAAUUUUGUGCAUCUGGCGAUUUAUAUUCGCUAUUAACAAGAAAUAACAUUUCCAAUGACGCGAAUAAUGGCAGUUCAAGAUUAAUGCAAACUGUGAAAGAAGGUUCUGGCAGUCCGCUACACCCAUUAGAGGCAGACUGUUUUAUGAAGCAACUGUUGAAUGGUGUUCAAUAUAUGCAUGAUCACGGUAUAGCACAUUGUGAUUUGAAACCUGAGAAUAUUUUAUUUCAACCAAAUGGGUUGCUGAAAAUCUGUGAUUUUGGCACGAGUUCAGUUUUCCAAACAGCAUGGGAGAAGCAUGUUCACUUCCAAAGCGGAGCCAUGGGUUCUGAACCAUACGUGGCACCCGAAGAAUUCAUAAGAGAUGCAGAAUACGAUCCACGUUUGGUGGAUUGUUGGAGUUGCGGUAUAGUUUACUGUACAAUGGUAAUGGGACAGUAUCUUUGGAAGAUUGCCAUCCCUGAAAAAGAUUCUCUGUUCAAAUCUUUUCUCAGCGAAAUUAAAAAUGAUGGUCAGUUUUACUUAUUCGAGGAAUUAAGACACGUCAGCAGCGAAGUUAACAGGUUGAGAAAGAUUGCACUCUACAGAACAUUCCAGGUGGACCCCACGAAGAGAAUCACCAUUGAGCAACUAUUGCAGAGCUCAUGGAUGAGAAAGACGAAAUGUUGUGUUGUUUAUAGACCCCUACAUUCUAAGGUUAGCAAAUGA